GAGCCUUGAAAUUGAUUCAGCUUUGUCUAUCCUCUGUGGUCAAAUUGAAUCCCAACCCAAUGGAGAUGAAUGUACUCUCAGUGGUGAUCUCUAUGGUGGUGUUAAUGUUGUUAGCAUGUUCAAGGUGUGCUAUUGGGUCGCUGCGUUGUGGGAAUUGUGGCAAAAUCCUAGUGCCAUACCCGCUAAGUACCGGACCUGGAUGUGGUGAUCAGGCAUAUAAGAUUAGGUGCACCGCUGGUACUCUAUGGUUUGAUACCGUGGGAAGCGACAUCAAAACAGAAGGGAUCCAGCUCGAUGACAAUCUUCCAUUCAACAUCACUGGCAGCAACACCAUCCUGCUCCUCAACUGUACAGACGCAAUGCUGCACCUGCAGGUGCCUAUAAACUGUUCUUCCACAAGCAUAUGCCACAGUUACAUCAAGGACAAUGUGGCAGCCGCAGAGUGUAUGAAAUCUCAAUUGUGUUGUAUGUUCAAAACGGGAGGGUCACAGACAGCAUACGUAGUCAGGGUCCACUCCGGAGGGUGUUUGGCAUAUCAGAGUUUUGUGAACAUCGACUCUGUUAGGCCACCGAACAAAUGGCCUGAUCCGGUAAUGGAGUUAGAAUGGGCGUUGCCACAGGAGCCCGUUAGCAAAACAGCAUCAGAUUGCAAGGACCUGUUGAACUCGAAAUGCUUGGUGGAUCCUAUGAAUCAGGGACAGAGGACGAAAUGCAAGCAUGGGAAACACUGUGCUAGUAAAAAGAAGAGAGCACUGACUCAUGGAAUUGUUGGUGUCCUGGGUGGAAUUUCGGUUGUGGCCCUGGUUGGAAUUCUAGCGUACAGGCAUAUCCAGAGGAGGAAGAAACAGGUGCACAAACAUAUGAUAACGAAAACGCAAGAAAUGUUGUUGAAUGCCAAGAACAGUGGUGGGAAAUCAGCUAGGAUCUUUACCGAGGAAGAAAUAACAAGAGCAACAAAUAAUUUUUCCAGAGAAUAUCUGAUAGGAUCCGGUGGGUUUGGCGAAGUGUUCAAGGGCACUCUGGAGAAUGGAACCGUUACAGCGAUCAAGCGGGCCAAGAUGGGAAGCACCAAGGGCCUUGAUCAAGUCGUCAAUGAAGUCCGAAUUCUCUGCCAGGUGAACCAUCGGAAUCUCGUGAGACUCCUCGGCUGCUGCAUCGAUCUCGAACAGCCUGUCUUGGUAUAUGAAUUCAUUCCCAACGGGACCCUGUUUGAGCACCUACAUUGUCCCGGGAAAUGGGCCCCACUCUCCUGGAACCACCGCCUCCGCAUCGCCCACCAGACAGCAGAAGGGUUUGCCUACCUCCACUUUGCGGCAGUGCCGCCUAUUUACCACCGUGAUGUGAAAUCGAGCAACAUUUUGCUUGAUGAAAAGCUCAAUGUCAAAGUUUCUGACUUUGGACUCUCAAGGCUGGUGGAGAGAUCCGCAGACGACACUCACACACAGAGUCACAUUUGCACAUCUGCUCAAGGAACCCUCGGGUAUCUCGACCCGGAAUACUACCGGAGCUUGCAGCUAACGGACAAGAGCGAUGUUUACAGCUUCGGGGUUGUUCUGCUGGAGCUGUUGACUUCGAUGAAGGCGGUUGAUUUUAACAGAGAUGAUGAAGACGUGAACUUGUCGGCGACAAAUUUGGAAUUGGAAAUGAUGAAAGCACUGGGGCUGCUGGCAGGGUCGUGUUUGGAUGAGAAGAGACUGAAUCGACCAUCGAUGAAAAAGGUCGCAGAUGAGAUUGAGUACAUCAUUGACAUUGCCGCCGGUUCCAUGGCAGAGCAGGUUUCGGAAGCUUAUUAGUUGUCUUGUAAGGAUUUUAGCAUAGCCAUGAACAUGUACUGCUUCCAAGCCUGUGAUGAUUUUUAAUUUUUGAUACAGCACACAGAAUAAUAACACAGCAUCCAAAAUGAAAUGAGACAAUCAGU